CUUUUAAAUAUCAGUUCUUAAGUAAUUUUGAAAGUCAAGAAAAACUUCUUACUAUUCGUUUUGGAGACUAUAGGGAAAUUAUUAUGGGACCUUGCCUUUACAACCCUGAUCAUCUUUUUAAGUUGGUUUUUGUUGGUUGUUCACCUGUUCAUCACCAACUUGAAUCUCAUUCGCAACCAAUUCAGCGCCUUUCCAGUUUGGUAUUCCUUUCUGAAAAAGAGUAUAAAGUAUAUUCUGAGCGGCAACACAAAUCUCGGGAGCGGGAUCACCGAACCAUCGGUUACCAGCAAAAGUUAUUUAUGACUCAUAAACUUUGUGCGGGCUCUCCGAUCUUCUUACCGCGUGGCACCCGUCUUUUUUUGAAUUUAAAGAAGAUUUUACGAAGGGAAUAUGCUCUGUACGACUAUGAGGAAGUAAUAACGCCCCUUGUUUAUGAGAAAGAGUUGUGGCAAAAUAGUGGUCAUUGGGAACUUUACAAGAAGAACAUGUUUCUUAUGGAAAAGGAAUCAACAGGGCUGAAACCAAUGAACUGUCCGGCUCAUUGUCUGAUCUACCAAUCCGAACCGCGUUCAUAUCGAGAGCUUCCUCUACGGUUUGCUGACUUUGGGCCUCUUCACAGAAAUGAAGACUCCGGCACAUUAACGGGUCUUUGCAGGGUCAUUAAAUUUCAUCAGGACGAUGCUCAUAUUUUUUGCCGCCAGGAUCAAAUUUAUUGCGAAAUUCAAACGUGCAUGGCUAUGAUGGAAAAGUUAUAUAAAUUGCUCGGUUUUUCUUAUUAUACAGUUCUCUCUACGCGCCCUGAAAAAUCCAUUGGCACCGAUGAGGAGUGGAAAAAUUCAGAACAGCAGCUCAAAAUGUAUCUUGACACGAGGGGCAGUCCCUACGAGGUUCGAAGCGGUGACGGUGCAUUUUAUGGCCCUAAAAUUGAUAUUUUAGUGGAAGAUGCCAACGGGAAAAGGCACCAAACAGCCACUAUUCAGUUAGAUUUUCAGCUACCAUCUCGUUUCAGUCUUCAUUAUACAGACGUCGCAUAUAAAAAAAUACGACCUGUAAUUAUUCACCGAGCUGUUCUCGGUUCAUUUGAAAGAAUGAUAGCAUUACUUAUAGAGCACUGGGAAGGAAAAUUUCCUUUAUGGCUUUCUCCCACGCAAAUUCUUAUUAUACCCAUAAAGCACGACUCUGAGAAACAAUUGGAAUAUGCUACAAAACUUUCUAGACGCUUAAAGCUGCUUGAAUUUCAUGUGGAAACUGACUUUUCUAAGGAUGCUUUUGUUAAAAAGAUUGCUCGCUCGCGGACUUUGUAUAAUUAUAUAUUGACCGUCGGAGAUAGAGAAGUUUUGCAAGAGACCGUCUCUGUAAGGCCUCGCUCAGAUUCAAAAGUUUUAGUAAAGAAAAUCGAUUUAUUUAUAGAACACUUGCAGAAAGAGAGAGCAAUUGAAUAA